UUCAAGUCCUAAGUUAAGAAGGUAAGUCUCAAAUUGAGAUUGCCAAUUGGGUGGGAUGUUCGCAGUGCGCGAAACAAUAACAAAUCAAAAAGUGGAAGAAAGCGUCUAAUGAGUAAACGAGAAAGCCGAACACUUAUUCGCGAGUCUCUCAAGGAUGGCAAAAAUUCUUCUUCUGCCCAUACAGCUGCUUUUUCGGAUGAAUUAAGUAAACCAGUUAAUGCUCGAGCAGCUAGAAGAAGACUUCUGGAAGCAGUAUAAAAGGAUGUAAAGCCGGAAAGAAGCGGUGACUCUCAGAAAAGAAUUAGAAAAAUCGUAUUUAAUGGGCUCGCCGAUACCAACACUUCACGAAAGAAGAUUGGUCGAAUGUUCUGUGGUCUGAUGAAACAAACUUCGGGGUAAGCUUAGCUUAGAUCGUCUUAAGUUAUUAACAGCCAUAGCUUCUUAACCUAGAGCAAUUUUAGAAAAAUAAUACAAAUCUUUAUGAAAACAUUGAUUUUUCUUUUCUACGUUCGUGAGGCAACGGGUUCGGAAAGAAUAUCAUCCAGAUAGCGUGGUGCCCACUGUUAAGCAUUGAGGAGGCAGCAUUAUGAUAUGGGGCUGCAUGGCUGCGGAUGGUGUCGGCGAAAUGUUCGAUUGCGAGGGUCGCAUGGGCACUCAAAAUUUCGACGGGUCUCAAUUUCAACAAGACAAUGCUCCUUGUCAUAAAUCAGCGACUACGUGGGCUGUUUUAAAACGUAAGAUUAACGAACACAGUGUAACAUCAAAAACUGCCUUAAAGAAUGCCUUAAUUAACGAGCGGUACGCUAUGAGUGCGGAUGAAUGUGCAAAACUUGUAUGCAGCAUUACUAAAAGAAUUGCAUUCAUUACUUCACUUGAUAAAACAAAAAAUUCAGUAAUCAGUGUAGUGCCUAAUAGUUUUGACCAAGGCUGAAUAUAUAUAUUUAAUUACAGCUCAUUUGUUCUAGUUGUAAGUAACCUUUGCAUACACAUCUCAGCGGUAUUAUAUGUACAUACGAUUAUUAAGCUAUGUGAAAUACUCUCUGAAUGUUAUUUGCGUUAUCUUCGAUAACAGUUUAUAACUUUGCUUAACUUAUAUAGUGGUUGCGAAUCAUCAAAAAAUCGUAACCACAGCGGAUUAGAGCUGCACUGCAAUUCUGUAACUUUUAUCGACACGAUUUGUCCGAUCGCAAAGUUUUGAAUUUUG